CAACUGGGCGCCUUGGUGCCUCAACCUUUAGCACUUCAUACGCCCUUCUCAUCUCUCUGUUAGACGGUGCAAUCUUCCGACCAAUGGAUGCAGCGCCGUUGCUGAUGCUAUCCUAUUGGCCUUCCAAGGCGACUUGAACGAUGCACCGCAUGCCAAUGGAACCCCAACACAUGGCGGACAGCGGGGAUUGCCUCACCUUUUCCCAGCCCAACAUGUGGUCAUACUUGGCUACGGCCGUGACAACGCACUUCGGAGCCCAAAGACAGCUAGUGGGUGUGUGAUGACUAUGCCCGACGUCCUCUGUGUGGUUUUGACUCAGCGCAGUAUGGCCAGCUGGCUCCGGUGGAGAGCGAGGCUUCUCUCCGUUGCCAGAGCGGUACUCAGGGCAUCUGGGCCGAGUUGAAACUGUCUCUGAAAUUGCGAGAGUAUAUCCCUCGGCCAAAAACUUGCCUGUGCACAAUCACUCCGACUAUCUUCUCUUUCUUUUACCAUCAUCGGAUACAUACGUCCCUUUACAUAGACGUUCUUGAACUCAGUACUCGCUAAUAUACGUCGACACACCUGCUUCUUCGCAUGAAUUCUGCUCUUUGACGAUUGCUGCGAGAAUCUCUCGCUCGCAGUACUUCGAUUAUCCAGCAGAAAUGGAGGUUGAGGAGUGCGUUGAGCAGUUCAACGAGGGGAAAGAGUGCCCUCGAUCCGCGCAACGGCCUGUCUCCGAAACGCAAAACACAGUACUCUACACUGUGCUGACCACAGAAGAAGUCGACUCCUCCAUACGAGAGUUUUCGUAUAUCUGGUCUCCGGGAGGCUUCGAUAUCGGAGAACCUGAUACCAAUCGGCUCGGUGGCGGAGAUGGGUCGUGCCAUAUCGCAAUUUUUAAAAUCGACACAGAGAACCCAGAUACCCAGCAAAAGAAGCCCGAAGAAUAUGAACACUCUGUGGCAGUGGAUAUACAAAACGACCAUCACCUGCCAACCCUCCCUGCGACCUGUUACUCUGGGAAUCAGGAAGAGUCAUCUUUGGAUUGCUCGAAAAGUCAUCGACGAGAUAGCUCCAGUGUUUACACCCCUAUCCGCCGGUGUCCGACGGCUACUGAACCGAGUGCUGAUAAUCGCUCGAUAUCAUGUGGAAGUCACAAAUUCGAUGGAUUCACCAAAGGGCCCCCUACACAGGAUGAUAGAAGCGCAAACUACUCGGACUGCCUUCAAGGUGGACAGACCUAUUGCAACAAUCGAUACAGGUUUGCUAAAGCAGACUCCGUGUCGCUGCCUGCUCAUGACAGAAGGCCACACUGUCAAGAAGAUAUCUCCUACUGGCAGGAUGCAUCGAGAGGCAUACAAUCGUCGGAUCUUCCGCGAUUUCAAGUGGACCUACCAUUACCCCGAUCACGCUCUGUAGGGCGUCGGCUUAUCUCUAGAAUGAAGUUCUGGAACGCUUCUAAAGAGGAUAGCGCGAGCUCGAAACCACGAAGCUAUAUGUCAAAUUCCAAACGAAGCAUCACUGCGUCCAUUGCCAGUUCUUGGUCUAGAAAAGCGAAGGGAUAUUUGAAAAAAGCCUCGUCAAGGGACACAUAUCUGGCAUCGAGAAGGGCGAAGAGCUCGCAACCCUCGAUUCGAACGGUGUCUCCUAAGUCGAUAUUCUCACGAGUCCAAAAAUCAUCUGCUUCGAACUACUCGGAUUUCAUGACCGAGUUGAACUCUAGAACAAGAGUCGCGGUAUCCACGCCCCCUCCAGAAACAUCCCUAUCCACUUGCUCUAAAGAACUUCCAACUUUGGAUUUGGAGAUCCAGAUGCCACUAGGCGAACCCCGUCCGUUCCAAUGCACUUUUUGCUUGAUGCAAUGGGAGAAUAAGGAAGAAUGGGCGUACCAUGAGGCUGCUUUCCACAUGAGGCCUUAUGGAAACCUCUAUUCCCAGGACGAAGGCGUCGUUACGCACGAUGAUGUGAUGUUUUCAAUGUCUGACGUCGUCUCCACGUUUAGCGGGUAUGACAAUCAAGAACCUUCCCACGACGCCGAAGCAGCUGCAGAGAAAUGUAUUAGCUUUGGGUAUCAUCUUUAUUCAGACAACCCCCAGGCACUUGAAGGAGCCAAAAGGGUAGAUUCUUGGAACUGGCUCGAGAAAAGAAGCAACUGGUUGUGGAAUUGCGGGUUCUGUGAGCUUAUUCUACGAACUUGGGCCGAGCGACAAGAACAUGUUGCUGAGCACUUUGAGCAAGGCACGACAAUGAUCUCCUGGAAUCCACUUCGGUCUCCGUAUCCGAUUUCAAAGUUCACCAUGACACCCGUUGAAGGCUUUCCACCUUGGGACCUCUCCCCACUACACUGUCUCCAACAGCCUGGUUUCCAAGAUGAAAUCUAUCGUGCCAGCCAAUGUCCGCCCGAACUCAAAUGUCAAACCUGCGAAAAACAUUUCCCCGACACGAACGCCUCCAUCCAACACACCAAGCUCUGGCACAACACCCCAGAAAGCUGGAUCUGCCCCGGUCCUGAGCACGCCAGCAACCCAGGGGUAUUCUUCGACACCGAAAUAUAUACUGAAGACGCACCAGACCUCGCGUCUCUCAAUCUCGAUGAGAAUCCUAGCAUCCAAGCCGACCAGACCUCCGUCAACGCAAAAAAGGUCUAUACAUACGACUACUGCCUGUGCUGCGGAGAGAUAUUUUCUGAAUCCCCAGCAGACUGGAGCGCACGCAAGCAACAUCUCCGAGACGUGCACUGCAUAUGCGAGACGGACGAUAUUGGCUACGAUCACAAGCACAAUAACGGUGAACCAUUCUAUCGCGAAGAGCUAUUCUCGUUGCACUUGGCGAACUGCCACAACGUGAGGUUGGAGUAUUUGACGGAGUUUACGGAAAUCUGUCGCAAAAAAGCCCAACCACCGGUGUUGAUGGUUCAGUCGGGACAUUUGAAGGCGUGAAGGCAUCAUCUCUUGUAUAAUAGUUCCCCUUUUUUCUUUUUUUCCUUUCCCCCCCCAAAUUCUCUUUCUACGAAUUUCAUGUGAUGGUUGGCAGCAAUGUUUGCAUUUAGGUAUCUUUGUAUUUAAAAGCAGCGAUAUGCAUACUGGGAUAAAUCCAGCAAGAACGGCGUACAUUGACAUUUCUCUACGGAGUGAUUAGCGACGAACAUAAAAUAGAAAAAUGAGAAUAAGAAAGUAGUUAAAUUACAGGC